UUUUAUACUUUAAUAUUAUUUAAUUGUCAAAAGUUUUUCGAUCAAUCUCUUCCCAAAUAUGAUAUUUAUGAUUACAUAAUUGUUGGUUCUGGAUCAGCUGGUUCGACAAUUGCAUCAGGUUUGAAAGGAAAAGUGCUCUUGUUAGAAGCUGGUAGCAAUGGAGACAAUUUUCUACUUAAUAUUCCAAUACUUCAGCCACUUUUACAGGGAUCACCAUUCGAUUGGAACUUUAAAACGUCGUCACAAGAAAAUUCGUGUCUAGCCUUACAGGAAAAUCAAAAUUCAUGGCCAAUUGGGAAAAUCUUUGGUGGAACUCAUCAAUUAAACAAUAUGAUUUAUCAUCGUGGACAUUAUGAUGAUUAUAAAUGGCUUAUUGACAAGAAAAAAGCGGAAAAAGUUUAUAAGGAUUAUGAAGAAAAUAUUCCAAUUGAUCAAGGAAAGUUCGUUUCAAUCAUUUCAACAGCUUUCGUAGAAGGUGGAAAGGAAAUGGGAUUUGAAGACUUUUCUUACACCAAUUUAACUCAUUUGAAUGGUGGUCGAUUUACACAGAUAAACAACUGGAACAAAUUGGAAAACUCCCCUGAAACUUGUCUAAAUGCAAUCGUUUCUAGAGUUUUGUUCGAUGAAAAGAAUCCAAAGAAAGCAAUUGGAGUUGAAUUUUUAAAGAAAGGAAAGCUUCAUAAUGUGUAUGGAAGGAAAAUAAUUUUAUCAGCUGGAACCGUUGGAUCGCCAAAAAUUCUUUUACAUUCUGGGAUUGGACCUGAAGAGCAUUUGACAGAAGUUCGCAUUAAAUGUCGAGAGAAUCUUCCAGUUGGUGAAAAUCUUCAAGAUCAUGUAACAACUGGAUUGGAUUUAAUCAUCUUAAAUCAAACUCUUGGACUUUCUAUCAAUGAUAUUGUGAAUCCUUUUAAAGUUGCUGACUUUUUCUGGUUUAAUGGCGAUGGAAGUCCAUUGGCACUUGCUGGCUGCGAUGCUAUGGGAUUUGUCAAACUUAAUCGCUCAAAUGAAGUUCCCGAUUUGAGCUUUAUGUUACUUCCAGUUGGAUUAAUCGCUGAUUAUGGACUUCAUUUAAGAAAAAUCACAAAUAUUCGAGAUGAGGUUUGGGAAAAGUAUUUUAAACCUUUAAUUGGACAAACAACGAUCUCAAUUCUGCCAGUUUUACUUCAUCCCAAAAGUAAAGGAACUUUAAGACUGAAGAGUAAAAACUUUCUCGAUUCACCAGUGAUCAAUCCUAACUACUUAGAUAAUAAAGAUGAUAUUAGGAAGUUAAUAAGUGGAAUAAGAAUUAUUGAGAAAUUAAUUGAGACGCCAUCAAUGAAGAAAUUCGGAGCUGAAAUCAAUCCAAAGCAUUUCCCCGGCUGUGAAAACUUUUUCCUCGAUUCUAAUGACUAUUGGGAAUGUUACAUUCGUCACAUGACGAUGACGAUGUUUCACCCUGUUGGCACAUGCAAAGCUGGAAACUACGAAGACACAUCGACAGUUGUUUUGAAAAACUUUCAAGUGAAAAAUAUUGAAAAUUUAUUUGUUGUUGAUGGUUCGAUCAUUCCACAAUCGCCCAGUGCUAACCCUCAUGGUGUAAUUGCUAUGAUUGCACAGAAAUUUGUUAACGAUAUGAUUUCUACUUCUCCAUGAAAGGAAAUAAAAAAAAGAUUUAAUUAAAGCUUCUUAGUUACUACAAAUUUGUGUCAAGGAUGAUCAACUUAUUUCCAUAAUUGACUUGCAUUAAUGAUUGAGAGAAAAUAAAUGUGUUAAUAAUAAUUAGACAGACAGAUUUGUUUAAUUAUGAUGAACAUCUAAUGAAUUAUUUAUAACUUGUAUGACAAUCAAUUAGAGAGAAGAUGAUUAUUAUGGAAAGACAACAGGAAAAUGUCAUCUUGAUUUUUCAUUUAUGUUACUAGGUAAAAGAUUAAAACUUAUGUAGGGAAAAGUAGAAAAUUUCUUUGUUCUGAACUCGCUUAACCCAAGAAAUUUAUAAGUCAAUGUCCGCUUGUCGUAAGAUUCAAUAAAACAACAUGAAAACAUUUGGUG